AAAUAUGGGGGUUCAUAAAAUAAACUUAACCUUUCUUCUUCACUGUAAAAUGAAAUAAAGCUUAUCCACACUCUCAACUUCUUCACUCGCUUAAACCCUCCAAAACCCUGAAGAGGUGCGAAUGAAUCAUGCAGAUUUGCCAAACCAAGCUCAAUUUCACUUUCCCUAAUCCCACAAACCCUAAUUUCUGCAAACCCAAAUCUCUCUCCGCCGGAUUUCAAUGGCUUCAACCUCGUCGUAGCACCUUACCGCCUUGCCGUGGAUUCAGCUCCGAUGAAUUCCCUGUCGACGAAACCUUCCUCGAGAAAUUCGGACCGAAGGACAAAGAUACAGAAGAUGAAGCUCGUAGACGUAACUGGAUCGAACGUGGUUGGGCUCCAUGGGAAGAGAUUCUCACACCAGAAGCUGAUUUCGCUCGUAAAUCGCUUAACGAAGGUGAAGAAGUUCCGCUUCAAUCGCCGGAAGCGAUCGAAGCGUUUAAGAUGUUGAGACCGUCGUAUAGGAAGAAGAAGAUUAAGGAGAUGGGGAUAACGGAAGAUGAAUGGUAUGCAAAGCAGUUUGAGAUUAGAGGUGAUAAACCACCGCCUUUAGAAACAUCGUGGGCUGGUCCGAUGGUUCUUAGGCAAAUUCCACCGCGUGAUUGGCCUCCGAGAGGUUGGGAAGUCGAUAGGAAGGAGCUGGAGUUUAUUAGGGAAGCUCAUAAGUUAAUGGCUGAAAGGGUUUGGCUUGAGGAUUUGGAUAAAGAUUUGAGAACUGGUGAAGAUGCUGCUGUUGAUAAGAUGUGUUUGGAGAGGUUUAAGGUUUUCUUGAAACAAUACAAUGAAUGGGUUGAAGCUAAUAAAGAUAGGUUGGAGGAAGAAUCUUACAAGUAUGAUCAGGAUUUUUAUCCGGGUAGAAGGAAAAGAGGGAAGGAUUACGAAGACGGGAUGUAUGAGCUUCCCUUUUACUAUCCAGGGAUGAUUUGUGAAGGCACAGUUACCACUUUACAUCUGUAUCAGGGUGCAUUUGUUGACAUUGGAGGUGUUCAUGAAGGAUGGGUACCUAUAAAAGGUAAUGACUGGUUUUGGAUCCGGCAUUUCAUAAAAGUUGGGAUGCAUGUUAUCGUUGAGAUCACGGCAAAAAGAGAUCCAUACCGGUUUCGGUUUCCGUUAGAGUUGCGCUUCGUGCAUCCUAAUAUAGAUCACAUGAUCUUUAAUAAAUUUGACUUCCCACCAAUAUUCCAUCGCGAUGGGGAUACUAAUCCAGAUGAGAUACGGCGAGAUUGUGGAAGACCUCCUGAACCUAGAAAAGAUCCAGGAUCAAAGCCAGAGGAGGAAGGGCUGCUCUCUGAUCACCCGUAUGUCGACAAGUUGUGGCAGAUACAUGUAGCUGAGCAAAUGAUUUUGGGUGAUUACGAAGCUAACCCUGCAAAAUACGAAGGCAAAAAGCUAUCAGAAUUAUCUGAUGAUGAAGGCUUUGAUGAACAAAAGGAUAUUGAGUAUGGCGAAGCUUAUUAUAAGAAAACCAAAUUGCCAAAAGUGAUUCUGAAAACCAGUGUCAAGGAACUUGACUUAGACGCUGCAUUGACCGAGCGCCAGCACCAUAAUAAACUAAUGAUGGAAGCUAAAUCAAGAGGAGAAGGAUACAAAAUCGACAAGCUAAGACGAAAUAUAGAGAUGGACGAGUAUGAUUUCUUACACUGGCGCCGAUCUUUGGAGGAAAGAGAAGCAUUGCUCAGAGAUAUCAGCUCUCGUCAAGCACUUGGUUUACCAUUGGAGGAACCAGGGAGGUAUAAGCCAGGAAGCUUCUUUGGGAAAGACCAAUACGAUCCAACAAGUGCACUAUAUCAGUAUGACUACUGGGGAGAGCCUAAGAACUCAGAGAUUAGCAAGCAAGAGAGAAUGAAGGAUGCACACAACAAAUCCAUUGUUGGGAAAGGCAAUGUGUGGUAUGACAUGUCUUACGAUGAUGCCAUUAAACAGAAGAUAGAGAAAAGAAAAGAAGGGUCUACCUUGGCGAGUCAAGAAGAAGAAAUAGAGUCAGAGGAAGAAGAAGACGACGAUGAUGAUGAUGAUGAUUUUGACGAUUUUGACUAUAGCAUUCUGAGUGAUGAGAGUAGUAUUGGUUACUCCGAACAGCAACCUCUUGUUAACGGUACUCAAGUCUUGACAGACUGAUGUUUAAACGAAAGUAAAUAUAAGAAUUUGUUGAGGUUGACUUUCGUUUGUUGUUAAUUGAAUAAAGCACUUGCUUAAUAUGAUAAUUGGCAUUAUA